GACACUGUUUUCCAAGAGGUGGAACAGCACAGAGAAAAUGAUCUAUGACAUCCCUGGCAUUUCUCCAGAUAUGAUGGAGAUGAUCAUCUCCUUUGCCUACACCCAGACUGUCCUGAUCACCUCCGACAACGUGAAGCAGCUGCUCGUGGUGGCUGACCAGUUUAAUAUCCUGGGCCUCUUAAACCUCUGUUGUGACUUCCUUGAGUCUCAGCUCAGCGUGGAGAACUGUAUUGGGAUCUUCAAGUUUGCCUACUAUCAUUGCUGUCCAGAGCUGUGCCUCAGAGCCUUCAAGUACAUCAUGUACAAGUUUGAGGAGCUCGUGAAGGAGUCUCAGGAGUUCCUGCAGCUGAGUUUCUAUGAACUGUAUGACAUCAUCGACAGGGAUGAGUUAAACAUCACCAAUGAGAGCCAGGUCUUCCAUGCUGUAAUAAAGUGGACUUACCACCAGAAAGAAGACCGUACAGGAUUUCUUUUGAAACUUCUUUCAAAGGUACGGCUAGAACUCAAGGAUGCUCAGCUCUUUCUGGAUGAUGUGAAGAACAGUGAGUACAUACAGGACAAUGAGGAAUAUAAACUCUUUUUCUACAGAGCCUUGUUUCAAAUGAUCUAUGAGAUUAGUAUGAAUGAAGCCAUUGGUCCACAGUCCAGAUGCUCCCUGGCUCACGCUCGUUUGCCUUACAGUAUUCUUUUAUCCAUUGGAGGCUGGAGCGACAGUCACCCCACUAAUAUUAUUGAGGCCUACGACCCAAGGGCAAAAAUGUGGAUGGAUGUGACGUGUGAGGAGGAGACGCCCAGAGCCUACCUCGGAACGGCCUAUGUGAAAGGGUAUAUUUAUUUUAUUGGUGGAUUUGACAGUGUGGAGUACUGCAACAGGGUUUGCAGGUUUCACCCAGUGCAGAAGGUCCUGCAAGAAGUGGCCCCCAUGCAUUCCCGCCGGGGCUAUGUCAGUGUAGUCAUUCUGAAUGAGCUCAUUUACGCCAUGGGGGGCUUUGAUGGUCACGCUCGCCUUAAUACAGUUGAGAAGUAUGAUUCAGAGACUAACCAGUGGACCCUGCUGUCAUCUAUGAAUGAGCGGAGAAGUGAUGCCAGUGCCGCCACUCUGCAUGGGAAGAUUUAUAUUUGUGGGGGUUUCAAUGGCGAAGACUACCUCUUCACCGCUGAGGUGUACGAUCCUGGAAUAUAUCAGUGGUCAAUGAUUUCCCCAAUGAUGAUCCAGAGAAGUGGAGUUGGCGUGAUUGCUUACAAAGAUGAAGUUUAUGCGGUGGGAGGCUUUGAUGGGGAAGACCGCCUGAACACUGCUGAGGCCUAUGACCCACUGACUGACUCCUGGCGAGUCGUCUCCUCAAUGAUCACACCACGCAGUAACUUUGGCAUUGAGACGAUGGAGAACCUACUCUACGUAGUUGGCGGUUACGACGGCUUCAUCACCUCUGCUGAAGUGGAAUGUUACAACAAGGAAACCAACGAGUGGAAAGAGGUGGCAGAUAUGAACGUGGACCGCCGGGCUUUGAGUUGCUGUGUGUUGUCGGGGUUGCCCAACAUCAGAGAGUAUGCUGCUCACCGGGAACCAUUGGAGUCAGUCACCCUGUCUGCAGAGCAUAAACUCUCCCCUUUCUACAACAUUCCACAGGUGUGAGUAGCAAGCUUCUUGUAAAACACAGAAAGCAAAAAGCCCAUCUGCCAGCUUUGCAGCAUUUUCUACGUGAUGGCAUUCAAUGCUGCUUAUACCAGUGUCGCGUGGAGUAAGUGGAUAAGCAAGAGGAACGAUCUUCAGUUCUUUGAAGAAAUAGACAUUGUACCUCAUGGUAAAGGCCCAGCGUUGCUGGAGAGAUGCUAUAAUCUGAAUUCUGACAUCACAAUGGGUCUGAUGAUCUGCAAAUUAAUUAAGAAGAGCCUACAACAGCAUUGAGAAUUCCAGAGAAAUCUUUUGUGGCCUUCCACCUGUGUAUGUGUCCAGA